AUGGCUGCAGUUAACGGAGCUCGAGUUGUUCCACCUCCAGGAACUGUUUUCCCAUCAACGCCAGUGACACAGAUUGUGCCACGGCCUGAGGCAGAGGAUACAGUGAAUCCUCCAAACGAUGUUAAGAGCCAUGAAGUUUCCCAAAAUCGUUCAAGUUACGUACAAGAUGUUGAUAAUAAUGGCUCCAACUAUAAAGGAACAUAUGACAAUGGAAAUGCUGGCAAUAUGGAACCUGGUUAUAACAAUGCAAAUUACGGUGCCGAUGGUGCCCUAGCAAAUAACCAAGAAAAAUACGCUCAAGAACCAGACAUUCCUACAAAGCCACCAUCUGCCUACAUUACAGUAUGUUUAUUAUGUCUAUGUGUUGCGUUUGGUGGGUUCGUUUUUGGCUGGGAUACCGGUACGAUAUCUGGUUUCAUCAACCACACAGAUUACAAAGACAGAUUUGCAGAACUUCGUCCAGAUGGUAGUCAUACGUUUUCUGAUGGAAGAGUCGGUUUAAUUGUUUCUAUUUUCAACAUUGGUGCUGCUAUUGGUGGUAUUAUUUUAUCUAAGCUUGGUGACAUGUACGGUCGUCGUAUUGGUUUGAUGAUUGUCACCUUGGUUUAUGUCGUUGGUAUUAUCAUUCAGAUUACGUCUAGCACUAAGUGGUAUCAAUAUUUCAUAGGUAGAAUUGUCUCCGGUAUGGGUGUUGGUGGUAUCGCUGUCUUGUCACCAAUGUUGAUUUCCGAGACUUCCCCCAAGCACUUAAGAGGUAUUUUAGUGUCUUGCUACCAAUUGAUGAUUACGUUGGGUAUCUUCUUGGGCUACUGUGCUAACUAUGGUACCAAAAAUCACUAUUCAAACCAAAGACAGUGGAGGAUUCCAUUAGGGCUAUGUUUCGUAUGGGCUUUCUUUAUGAUAUCUGGUAUGACUUUCGUCCCAGAGUCUCCACGUUACUUGGUUGAGGUUGAUAGAGUUGAUGAUGCGAGGAUUUCUUUAGCAAAGUCCAAUAAAGUGCCAAUUGAUGACCCAGCUAUAAAUAUUGAGUUGCAAAAGAUCCAGGCUGGUGUUGAAUUGGAAAGAAGAGCAGGUAAUGCGACAUGGGGGGAACUAUUCUCUACCAAGACCAAGGUUUUGCAACGUGUUAUUAUGGGUAUGGCUAUUCAAUCCUUGCAACAACUUACUGGUAACAACUACUUCUUCUACUACGGUACUACCAUUUUCGAUGCUGUUGGUUUGGAUGAUCCGUUUCAAACUUCGAUUAUUUUGGGUCUUGUGAAUUUUAUUUCCACAUUCGCUGCUUUCUACAUUGUUGGAAAGUUUGGUAGAAGAACCUGUUUGCUAUGGGGAGCUGCCAGUAUGGCGGUUUGCAUGCUCAUCUAUGCCAGCAUAGGUACUAGAGCUUUGUAUCCAAAUGGAAAUAAUAUGCCAUCAUCUAAGUCCGCUGGUAAUGGUAUGAUCGUCUUCACUUGUUUUUUUAUUUUCUGCUUUGCUACUACAUGGGCACCACUUGCAUACGUUAUUGUUGCUGAGACCUUCCCAUUGAGAGUGAAGGCCAAGGGUAUGGCGAUAGCCACUGCAGCUAACUGGAUCUGGGGUUUCUUGAUCAGUUUCUUUACACCAUUCAUCACAAGUGCUAUUCAAUUCAGAUACGGUUUCGUGUUUGCAGCGUGCUUGAUCUUUGCGUUCUUUUACAUCUUUUUCUUCGUGCCAGAAACCAAAGGUUUAACUUUGGAAGAGGUUGAAGAGAUGUGGCAAGAAGAUGUUCUUCCAUGGAAUUCCCACAAAUGGGAACCAAAAUCCACCAGAGGUGCAAACUACGAUACCAAUGCUCUAUCGCACGACAGUAGACCAUGGUACAGAAGAUUUAUUUAA